GGCUUUUCAAAUUCGGGAGUCGAGCGAGGCAACAAACAAACAGGACCCUUGGCGGGAAAUAAGAAAGCUCACUAUCCAAAGUCGAAAGACUCGAAACCAGUCCUGAAUCGAAUCGAAUCGAAGGCCUUUAAGGAUUUGCAAAAGAGAGAACACGAACCAGCUCUUCUUCAUCAACAAGAAUCGUUAAUGGAAGGAAGUAAGAGCGAGGCGGUCUUCGAAUCCUUGAAUCUGAACCCCCAGCUCUUCAUCAAUGAAGUUUUGAAUACGGUUGAUGACAUGGUUGAUGGGGCUUUUGAAUUCUACGAACAGCAGGCAUUAACAUUUUUGGGCAAUGCGGGUGAGGAUAAGUCGGUCGAGUUGAAGAAGGGUAUUUCCUAUAUCCGGAAUAUUAUUCAAUCAGGGCUGGACAAGCGACUGGAUAUGUGGGAAAAAUACUGCCUCCGACACUGUUUUGUUGUUCCUGAGGGAUUCUCACUACCAAAACUUCAAGAGUCUGCUGGGGAAAGUACCAUGGGCCAAGAUUCUCAAUGUGAUGGAGAUCUUGAUUCUCAGUUACAAUCCUUAAGAGAAAAGCUUUUUGUGGUGGGAAAUGAAGGUGCUGAGCUGUACAGAGAGCUUCAGGAACUUGAAACGCAGUCUGUUCUAAGCAAAAGCUGUGUUAUGUCCCUCAAGGAGGCAUCACAGCUAUUUGAACAAAAUUCUGUGAAUGAUACAGUUAAAGAAAUGGCAAGAACUGCAUCUGAACUCCAUGUGAAAAUGGAGAAGUUGAAGAUCAAAAGAAUGGAAGAGAUUGGACGCUACAGAACAGGGAGGAUAUACAAUCCAGAGAGAGAUGAGUCUUUGAUGGAUCAUAUCAACGGUCUAUGCAAUGCCAAGUUGGAAGAUCUUCAGGAGUUUGCAGCUGACUUGAACAUUUAAAGAGAAGACGUAUGCUAAGUUACGUUUCAAUUUCAGCUAACCACAUGUAUAUUGUGCUUUAGUUCAAGUUGUGUGUGUGUCGAGAAGAAAUGAAUCAAAUCUGUUAAUCUUCUACAUUUUUAUUAAUUUCAAUUGAGUACUGAAAUAAAAAUUGGUUUUCCAUGAACUUCGAUAACAGAAAAUU